CUCCCCGCCCUCCACAGCCUCCUCAUGUCCCUCAUCUCCGCCACCAUCUUCGCCGGCCUCCUCCUCUCCUCCGUCGCCGAAAUCCGAGAAACCAGCUGGUUCUGGCGGCGCUCCAAGACCCCAUUCCAAUGGCUCCUCUGCUUCCCACUCGGCACGCGCCCCUCAGGCCGCGUGUUCUUCUGGUCCUACGUGUUCUACCUCUCACGCUUCCUCCACAUGUUCCGUACAACCUUGUCGGUGCUACGAAGGCGCAAGUUGGCGUUCUUCCAGGUGUUCAACCACUCAAUCUCCGCAUUCAUGUCGUUCCUGUGGCUGGAAUUCUCGCAAUCGUUUCAGGUUCUGGCGAUCCUGUUCACCACUCUCGUUGACUCUCUGGUUUACGGUUACAGAGUGUGGACGGCGAUAGGGUUGCGAAGCGCGUGUUUUCCAUUCGUGGUGAAUUGCAAGAUGGUGCUGUUGGGGUGCAAUCUGGUGUGCCACGUUGGGGUGCUCCUCCUGCAUUUCUUCAACGGUGGCUGCAAUGGGAUGGGAGCCUGGGUUUUCAACUCUUUUCUGAACGGUGUCGUUUUGCUCUUAUUCCUCAACUUCUAUAUUAGGAUGUACAUUCAGGGGAAAAAGAAGAAAUCUUGUGCCGCCGCUAAUAAUAAUAACAACGAAUUAUCAGACACAUCCAAGUUGAAGCUCAAUUGAGAAACUAAGAGAUGUAGUCAUCAUUUUUGUUCCUUUUUUUUCACCUGUCUAUGUAAAAACCAUGCAUGUAUAUGGAAACAAAAUAAAACUAUAGCUAAAUUAUUUUUUUGUUCA